GGUUUCCGGGCAGAGCCCCAUCAGGGGUGCAGCCCCCCCUGCCUGCAACGCGGGAAGCUCCGAGCAGCUCCGAGCAGGAGGAUGCGCUGGACGAACCGAUCGGCUUAUCAGCGGUUCCGCGCCCAGCGGCGGACACGGCGCCGCGGCAGCAGCCGGUAAACGGGGCGGCGGCACCGGCAGCACCGACGGCGGAGCGGGGGGGGCCGGCCCGGGCACUGCCUGUCUGAGCGCGGGGGGCGGCUCCCCGGCCCGGCCACCCCCCCCAUCCACCCCGGGAAACGCGGCCCCGCCGAAUCCGGGCGGCAGCGGUAGCAGCCGGGGGAGGGCAGCGCGGUGCCCACCGCCCCGUCCCGCCGCAGCCCUGUGACAUCCGCUGUGAUCCAUCCGCUCCCCAUCGGACAGCCCAAGUCCGGCAGGACAGGAAGGACAGGCUCCUUGUCUUCAUGAGCACCAGCCAUCGGAGCAACCAGGACACAAGGUGAGGUCCUGCAGCAAGGAGAGAGGCUUCUCAUGGGUGGGAAGAGCCAUCUCAAGGGAUCUGAGAUGAGAGAGGGCUAGAUCCCCAUGAUCAUCUUGGCACCAUUGCUUUCAUCUGUAUGUUGACAGGAUAAAAACCUCAAACAUGCCCCGUAGCCCAACAUCGAGUGAAGAUGAAAUGGCACAAAGCUUUUCCGACUACUCGGUUGAAUCCGAAUCAGACAGCUCCAAAGAAGAAACUAUUUAUGACACAAUUAGAGCAACUGCAGAGAAGCCGAGCAGCAGAAUGGAAGACAGUCAGAGCAACACAUUAGUGAUCCGAAUUAUAAUACCUGAUCUGCAGCAGACGAAAUGCAUUAGAUUUAACCCAGAAGCUUCAGUGUGGAUUGCAAAGCAACGAAUUCUGUGCACUUUGAAUCAGAGUUUGAAAGAUGUCCUGAAUUAUGGACUGUUCCAACCUGCAAGCAACGGGAGAGAUGGGAAGUUUUUGGAUGAGGAACGACUUCUUAGGGAAUACCCACAGCCAGUGAAUAAAGGAGUUCCUUCACUAGAGUUUCGAUACAAGAAAAGAGUGUACAAACAGUUUAAUCUUGAUGAAAAACAGCUGGCCAAGCUUCAUACAAAGGCUAAUUUGAGAAAAUUUAUGGAUCAUGUCCACCAUCUCUCAGUGGAGAAAAUCACAAAGAUGUUGGACCGAGGACUGGACCCAAACUAUCAUGACCUAGAAACUGGAGAAACACCCCUGACUUUGGCAGUUCAGCUUGACAAUGCAGUAGAAGUGAUAAAAGCUCUGAAAAAUGGAGGAGCACAUUUAGACUUCAGAGCCAAAGAUGGAAUGACAGCUGUGCACAAAGCAGCCAGAGCCAAGAACCAAGUAACCCUCAAGACGCUUUUAGAGCUUGGAGCAUCUCCCAACUACAAGGACAGCUGUGGGCUGACCCCCCUGUACCACACGGCCGUCGUGGGGGGGGAUCCGUUCUGCUGCGAGUUGCUGCUCCACGAACACGCCACCGUCAGCUGUAAAGACGAAAACGGGUGGCAAGAAAUUCAUCAGGCUUGCCGAUAUGGACACGUCCAACAUCUAGAGCAUCUCCUGUUCUACGGGGCGGACAUGUGUGCACAGAAUGCAUCAGGGAACACGGCGCUACACAUCUGUGCCCUCUACAACCAGGAGAGCUGUGCGCGAGUGUUGCUGUUCCGCGGAGCCAACAAGGAGAUUAAGAAUUACAACAGCCAGUCUCCUUUUCAGGUGGCUAUAAUAGCGGGGAAUUUUGAGCUCGCUGAAUAUAUCAAGAAUCACAGGGAAGCUGAUAUUGGAUCCUGCUUCCCAUAUCCAAGUAGAAGUCCCUGGAAUCUGUUUCUGUCAGUGCCCUUCAGAGAGGCUCCCACCUAUUCAAACAGAAGGCGGAGACCCCCGAGCACCUUGGCAGCACCUCGGAUCUUGCUUCGCUCCAACAGUGACAACAACCUGAACAUCAACAACCUCCCCGAGUGGUCAGCCUCCUCCUCUGCUUCUUCACACCGCAGCCUUUCACCUCAUCUACUUCAACAGAUGCAGAAUAAUCCUAAUGGAACUGUAAAAACUGUGGGGAGUUACACUCCGUCCUCCCGGAGCCGGUCGCCAUCCCUCAACAGGCUGGGAGAGGAUGCCAAAAGGCAGCAGCACAGGCACAUCAGUGCCGUUUACAGUCCUGGUGCCAACAAGGAUACUCUGGCUGCCUUGGAUUAUCAGGGUCCAAAACGCAAGCUUUACAGCGCUGUACCUGGAAGACUUUUUAUUGUCGUAAAGCCAUAUCAACCUCAAGGAGAAGGGGAAAUUCAUCUGCACAAAGGAGAUAGAGUCAAAGUUUUAAGCAUCGGUGAAGGUGGAUUCUGGGAAGGCAGCACCCGGGGACAUAUUGGAUGGUUUCCUGCAGAGUGCGUUGAAGAAGUUCAGUGUAAACCAAAUGAAGGCAAACCAGAAACACGAACAGAUAGAACAAAGAAACUAUUCAGACACUACACGGUUGGAUCCUAUGACAGCUUUGAUGCUUCAAGUGACUGCAUAAUAGAAGAAAAGGCAGUGGUCCUGCAGAAAAAAGACAAUGAAGGAUUUGGAUUUGUGCUCAGAGGGGCAAAAGCUGACACACCAAUUGAAGAAUUCACCCCAACUCCAGCCUUUCCUGCUUUGCAGUACUUGGAAUCUGUGGACGAAGGGGGAGUAGCAUGGCAAGCUGGCCUGAGAACUGGAGACUUUUUGAUCGAGGUUAAUAACGAGAAUGUAGUGAAGGUUGGCCACAGGCAGGUGGUGAACAUGAUCCGCCAAGGGGGCAACCACCUCGUGCUCAAGGUCGUCACAGUCACCAGGAAUCUUGACCCAGACGACACAGCUCGAAAGAAAGCGCCACCACCUCCUAAGCGAGCUCCAACCACUGCACUGACCUUGCGGUCUAAGUCAAUGACCUCAGAGCUUGAAGAGCUUGCUUCAGUACGGAAGAAGAAGGAUAUUCUCCCUUCACAUUUUGAAGGUUUGAAGAAGAGGAUUGUUUUUCGAGUCACACUAAAUAAGGUGGAUGAAAUAGUACCAGUUUCCAAGCCAUCAAGAAUUGCAGACAAUGCAACUGUGGACUCAAGAGUGGCAACCAUUAAACAGCGGCCUUCUAGUAGAUGUUUUCCCUCAGCUACAGAUAUGAAUUCCAUGUAUGAGAGACAGGGUAUUGCUGUGAUGACGCCCACUGUACCGGGGAGUCCUCAAGGUCCUUUUCUGGGUAUACCUCGGGGUACAAUGAGAAGACAAAAAUCUAUAGGAAUAACAGAGGAAGAACGGCAGUUUUUGGCUCCUCCUAUGUUGAAGUUUACCAGAAGUCUUUCGAUGCCUGACACCUCUGAAGACAUCCCACCACCACCACAGUCCUUACCUCCUUCACCGCCACCACCUUCUCCCUCUCUGUACAACUCUCCCAAAUCCCCGACGUCAAGGAGCUAUGGAACUAUCAAACCUCCGUUUAAUCAGAAUUCAGGUUCAAAAAUUUCUUUGGUGAGGCCUGAGAACGUGGGAACGAUGAUAAGGGACAAAGGGAUUUAUUACAGGCGAGAACUGGACCGAUACUCUCUGGACUCUGAAGACCUGUACAGUCGGAGCGCGGCGUCUCAGGCAAAUUUCAGGAACAAGAGGGGUCAGAUGCCAGAAAACCCUUAUUCUGAGGUUGGGAAGAUCGCCAGCAAAGCGGUUUAUGUGCCGGCCAAACCAGCCAGGAGGAAGGGGAUGCUGGUGAAGCAAUCCAACGUUGAAGACAGCCCGGAGAAGACCUGCUCCAUCCCGAUCCCGACGAUCAUCGUGAAAGAGCCAUCCACCAGCAGCAGCGGGAAGAGCAGCCAAGGGAGCAGCAUGGAAAUCGAUCCGCAGUCUUCAGAGCAACCCGGGCAGCUCCGACCCGACGACAGCUUAGGUGUCAGCAGCCCGUUCGCAGCAGCCAUUGCCGGAGCAGUGAGGGACAGGGAAAAAAGGCUGGAAGCAAGGCGGAAUUCCCCAGCCUUCCUUUCCACAGACCUAGGAGAUGAGGAUGUUGGACUAACACCGCCAACACCACGCAUGAGGCAAUCCAAAUUUACCGAUGACGCGGUGUUUAGUAGUGAAGAGGGGUUUAGACAGCUGAUAUCGCCGUCUCCGAUUCCCGCACCUAGAGAGCCUGAAAAUCUUUUUAAUAGCAGUGAACCCAGCAAUCAGAGUGAUUCAAGGACAUUAAACACUUCGUCCAAAACGAAAGGUACUGACAACAGUACAGUGGCAGCUAAGUCCACGAACGCAUCCAGCUCAGAUAAUUACGUUCACCCGGUCACAGGAAAGCUAUUAGAUCCAAACUCACCACUAGCCCUUGCUCUCUCUGCCAGGGACAGAGCCAUGAAAGAACAAACACAGCAGAUUCCAGGCAAAGGAGAUGCUGUUAAAGCUGACCUGAAUAAACCACUUUACAUCGAUACGAAGCUGAGACCCAAUAUUGAAACGACUUUUCCUGUUACUGCUACUGUCACUCGGCAAAAUACUCGUGGCCCAUUGAGACGGCAGGAGACCGAGAACAAGUAUGAAACAGAUGCAGGGAAAGAAAAGAAAGCUGAGGAGAAGAAAAACAUGUUGAUAAACAUUGUGGAUACUUCGCAGCAAAAGUCAGCCGGCUUGUUAAUGGUUCAUACCGUGGACACGGCAAAGUCGGACGAAACACCCGAGGAUGAGGAGGAAAAGAGAGAUGAAAUGGAAACGAACCCCGAAAACUCCCCGCCGGAGAGGCCAGAGGGGAGCGAGGAAGCGGAAAGCGAGCUGAACGUGCCUGCAGCGCCGGAGCCACCGGCAUCUCCCUGCAAAACCAUCGUAGCAGCGAGCUCGGUCGACGACCCCGUCAUCCUGCCAUUCCGCAUCCCUCCGCCACCCUUAGCGUCGGUCGAUAUCGAUGAAGAGUUUCUUUUUACCGAGCCACUGCCACCCCCCUUAGAGUUCGCCAACAGCUUUGAUAUCCCCGACGACCGUGCGGUUCCCGGUUCGGCUCUAACAGACUUGAUGAAGCAAAGGAAAAAUGGCUCUCCUUCACCCGCGCCGUUCGCCCCCAGCCAGUCCACAAACUCCUUAGACAGUAAAAAGCAAGUGGGUCUUUCAAACUGUUUGCCUGCCUCCUUUCUGCCACCCCCUGACAGCUUUGAUAACGUCACUGACUCUGGGAUUGAGGAGGUAGACAGCCGUAGUAGUAGUGACCAUCACUUAGAGACAACCAGCACUAUCUCAACGGUGUCCAGCAUCUCGACCUUAUCCUCGGAAGGGGGUGAGAACGUGGAUACUUGUACAGUCUAUGCAGAUGGGCAAACAUUUCUGGUGGACAAACCCCCAGUACCUCCUAAGCCAAAAAUGAAGCCCAUAAUCAACAAAAGCAAUGCACUUUACAAGGAUGCGCUAAUUGAAGAAACUGUAGACAGCUUUGUUAUCCCUCCUCCCGCUCCGCCCCCGCCUCCCAUCAGCGCUCAGCCCAACAUGGCUAAAGUUGUUCCCCAAAGGACAUCUAAGCUCUGGGGUGACGUGCCGGAGGUGAAAAGCCCCAUUCUCUCAGGCCCAAAGGCUAAUGUGAUUAGUGAAUUGAACUCACUACUCCAGCAAAUGAACAGAGAGAAAUCCUCAAAGCCAGGGGAAGGAUUGGAGUCACCUACUGGAACAAAAACUGCAAGUCUCAGUACAAGGAGCACGGAAGUCAUGAGUACUGUCUCAGGUACACGAAGUACAACAAUCACUUUUACUGUCCGACCUGGAACCAGCCAACCGAUCACACUGCAGAGCAGGUCCCCAGACUAUGACAGUAGGACCUCAGGAGCAAGACAUGCUCCAAGCCCUGUGGUUUCACCAACAGAGAUUAAUAAAGACAUCAUGCCUGCUCCUCUGACUGCUUCUGCUUCAGCUUCAUCUCCUUCUCCAACUUUGUCCGAUGUAUUUAGCCUACCCAGCCAGCCCCCUUCUGGGGACUUAUUUGGCUUGACCACAGGGCGCAGCAGGUCUCCUUCUCCCUCAAUAUUACAACAGCCAAUCUCAAAUAAGCCUUUUACAACUAAGCCUGUCCACCUGUGGACUAAACCAGAUGUGGCAGAUUGGUUGGAAAGUCUAAACUUAGGUGAACAUAAAGAAACAUUUAUGGACAAUGAAAUAGAUGGCACUCAUUUACCAAAUCUACAAAAGGAAGAUCUGAUAGACCUUGGAGUGACUAGAGUUGGGCACAGAAUGAACAUAGAAAGAGCUCUGAAACAGCUGCUGGACAGAUAAGAAUAGCUAUUUUGCCUCACAAACUUCUGUUGAUAACUAGAGAUGGGCUGGUACUGAAAUACCCCAAAUGCCUUGUCUGUCUGCGAGUGCCAGCAAAAUUGGGGGUGGGAGGGGGAAAGCAGUUGAAUUCCUGGUACUCAGGUAAUGCAGACUGUAUGCUACAUGCCCAAACAUAAACCUGAACCUGUUACACGAGUGGGGCCAUUUUAUUUCAAAGUUGUGGGGAGAUAUGAGAGAGAGAAAAUUGUUAACUUCAAAAAUACGAUCUCUCGAUAAUGCCCUUCUGCUGGAAGCAUUACAUACCACUUUUCUUUCCAUUUAAAAUUGCAAACGUUUCAUUUUUUUAUUGACAAGCGCGAUAUUAUUGCCAUUCAGUCUCCGAGCAGGAUUCCUUCCCCAACCCUUAGUCCACUUGAAGAGGCCAGAGCGCUUCUUUACCAUUCAAAGCCAUUUUUAAUAGUCGCAGAGGCACAAUAUUAAGACAGGUACAGUUCAUAUUACUGGUUUUUACUAGUGUAGCUCUCUGAUUUGUUGGCAGUGAAGCUGGUUGUUCUGCUGGAAUUAGUUCAAGGGUAACCUUGCUCUGUUUUACCUGGUAUUUCUUUAUUUCUGCAGUUAUACUUAGCGCUCUUCCAAGGUGGCAGAACAAGUUCAAUACAUGCUCCAUUGACUUGACCUGUAAGACGAUGCAGAUGUUGCAUAAAAAACAAAACAAAACAAAACAAGGAGGAAUGCACACUUAGAGGUACAACAAAAUGAAGCUAGUUUGAACCUGAGACCCCCAGUUUUCAACCAGCUAAACUACUGCCAAGUCGCAAUAUGAACUCUACAGAGCCAGCAGAAAUUUGGGGUUGUGUACAGACGCAUCUUUUGGACUUCACAGUCGGAUACUCGAAUGUGCUGAACCCUGAGAGAUGCUGUUUAAUUCAGUGAGUGGUUUUGAACAUCAGGCCAAGAAAGAAUAAGAAGAGAGACGAACGUUCCCAGUGGGGAAGGUUGCCAGGGUUUUAAGUGAGAGAGGAAUUUCAGCCUGUUAGCAGCAAUGGAAAGUUUUCAGCUUGUAAAAAGAAACAAAUAAAAGUAAAAAGGCGCCAAAAAGGAACCAAAAAGGUAAAAGGAACUGAAAAGGUAAAAAGAAACUAAAGAGGUAAAAAGGUAACGGCAAGCUGGCAGGCGGUUUGUGGCCUCUCGGAACGCACGUGCUCCAAGGGCCAGGAGAACUGGGGAGGUUUCCAGACUUCCAUUUUUAUGGCUGUUUUGGUAUGUUUGGCUUCUGGACAAGGGCAGCAGAGCGAGCACUGCGGGGGCAGCUUCUUCGGGCGGCUGUUUGGGAGGUCGCGGGGGAAGAACGUGGAUCCUGCUGGAAGCCAGGUGGCUGUGGCCCAGCAGGGCCGGGGCGGUGGUACCAGAGCUCCAGGUGGCUCUAAUCUGCUCUAAUCUGACUUCUUGUUUUAAAAACAUUUGUUUUUCAAGUUAACAAGUCUCUCUCUGCAUGUUUGAGCUCCCCUUGUAAUUAACACCUCUUAAUAUCUGUGAGUUUUGUAGGUCUUUAUUAACAUACUAUUCAAGGUGGGUCCAUUGUGUGUGGAUGGCUAGACUGGCUACCUACCAUACGUUCAGGUUCUCUUACAUUUCGCAAGGUACCUGAAAUUUCUUUCCUUGAUAUGGUCCUUGAUAUAGUCCAGCCUAUCUCUAAUUUUUUUUAUUGUGAUUAUUUUUUGCUCACAAACAAGUGUCUAAUUAGGUCUGCAACAGCCCUAGUAUGAGUACAUAAAGUUUAGCAUUUUAAAUAUCUUUCUUUACUGCAAGUUUAAAUAGUUGUACAGAUAGUUUAUAAGCACAAUAUUUUAAGAAAAUAAGUGGCUGGUCUACUGGGCAGCCUUUGUGCCACUUCAGUGCUAGAAAGUUAAAAACAAAACAACAAAAAAAGACAAAAAAAAAACUUUUGUGGUUUACUACUCUUUCUGUGGAAUAAAUAUAAAGUCUUGACCUUUUUAAAAUCAACCUCAUUUGGAUGCAUCUGAACCAGCAGAGCUGUGUUAUAUUUUCUAUCUUUGCUAGAACUUCUACAAAGGAGGGUGAAUAUUUCUUCAAAAGUGGUUGUAGUUACCAACGCAUUGGAUGCUCGUAAAAAGCAACUUAUUUAGCCUCCUGCCCCCUUUACGGAACAACCAAUCUUUUGACUUAACAUCUGUUGCUACGCUAUAUUUGUAUUUCAAAGUUCCAAGUAACCUUGUAAUAAAACUCAAGUACUAAGGCGUUUCACUUCCGAGAGUACUGAAUUUUUCCAUAGGCGUUGUAGAAAAAUGGCAGUUUCGUUCAGAUAGUCAAUGCAGGCAACUUGAGGCCAUCAAAUACCUUAAGAAGUGUAAAAAUGGUAAUUUAGCCAUCGUUGUCUUCCAUUUGGUGAUACGACAGAAUUCAGUAAAUAAACCACUAAUGCCAUGCUGUUUUUUUUUUUUAUAUAUAUAUAUAAUUUUUUUUUUUGUUUCUUUGGGUACAUGAUAUUACCUCUAUAAUACGUGCCAGAAAAUACAUUAGAAAAUGCGGUAGUAAAAGAAAAUGUAGAAGUUGACUUUUAAGCUGCUUUUUAAUCACGAACCUUGUUGAAUUUGCGUUGAGCGAGUGCUGACGUACACAGUAAAUCCCGGCUCAUCCCUUUCGUACACAGGUGUGUUUCUUGCUGGUGAAUCUUUUCAGGUACUGAAGGACUCGGUACGAUACGAGUGGGGAAAGCAAAAAGGGGUUUAACGCAUUUCAAGAGCUGUUUAUUUUGCGUUGUGUCUUGCAAAGGAAAGGUAAGGAGACCUGGGAGGACCUACUUCUCACCAAUAAAAUCCACCUCCGCCAAGAGGAAUUGGUCUCUAGCUCUGGGUGAGGAUUUUACUACAGAGAGCAAUAGUAACAGAGACGCCGUUGCCUCCGAGUAUUUUCAUCACUCUGGAAAUGUUGGGGGGGGGAAAAGGGGAGAAGACCCAUUUAUUUCAUGCUACUUACGAUAGUGAAAACCAAGUUGUUAGAGAUCUAUGAAACACGUUCUGAUAUUCUGGGUUUUAGGAUCAACUUUUGUUUAUAUACUGUAAUUUAAAUAAAUUGCAUUUACAUGCCUAGUUUCUGUAAUAUUUGUGUAUACAAUACCAAAAUCUUACAAGAUGUAAAUUGUGUAUAACUGCACAGACUCCUUGCCCUAGGGGUCUGAGAACACUUUAAGUUGAAUUCAUAUAUUAUAAAAUGACUAGAUGUGACUGUUGAUUUACAGAAUUUACAUAUCACAAAAGUUAAUUAUUUGUGGUACUUAAGUUAAUAAAAAUAGUGACUUUUUUUUUCCUCAGUUCUUAAAAAGCAUUAAUUACCCAGUUGAUCUGGCGAUGAUUAUGUGUAUGAGCCACAAAUAUUGAUGAGUUUUCCCAUUACAUUUUUUCUUUUCUUUUCUAGAUAUUAAUAUGUUUCUCGCUAUACUUUGUGUAACAACUUGUGUUCACGUUAUCUAUGUUGCUGUAAUUUUUGUGCUUUAAUUCCUCUUAUUUCGACUGAUUAAAAAAAAAAUCAAGCUCCUGUAACUUGCACUUUUCCCCAAUCCUUAAUACUCUUGUAUGGCAACCAAAAUUACUGUAAGAAAUAAAUAUAAUAUUGCACUAA